AUGUCGUCGCUGCCACUGCCGCUCAACCACUUUCGGUGCCCGCCGCUGUCGCCUGAGGACUUUGAAAACAUCAUUGCGGUUGGCCAGGCGGCGUGCCAAGACACGGUCCAGAACGCGAUCGCGGCCCAGACCGAGGCGGUCGUCUCGGUCGUGAGCAACCCAAAGACCAGCCGCCUGGCGCGCGUGCACCGCGGCCGGGACGUUGUGGACCCGUGGCUCACGACGUACACGGGGCGGUCGCUCAUUCAGGCGUCAAUUGCAGAGAUCGCCGACUUUUUCUACCUCGACUCCAAGGACAAGCUCACAACAUACAAGGCAGUGCUGGGCCAGAGCUUGCUCGACCGCCAAACGCUCUACACGCUCACCGACUCGUCCGAUGUGCACGAAGCAUUCCACUACUGCGGCAUUGCGUGGAUGGCGACCGAGUUCCCGGCACUCAUGUCCAACCGCGACACGUGUUUUGUUGAGUUUCACGACUUGAUUGAAGUCAUGGACUCGUCGACCAUGGAGCUGCGUCGGGGCUGGGUCCGCACCAUCCACUCGAUCGAGCUGCCGUGCUGUCCGCCGCUCAAGGGCCUUGUGCGCAGCCAAAUCGUUCGGUCGGGUCACGUCUUCUUGGAGACCAAGACGCCGGGCAUCCUCGAGCACUUUCACAUUAUCGUGCCGCAGGUACAUGGGAUGCUCAAGAGUCACAUCCUGCGCGACGUUGUCCAGCGCCAAGUGUCCCGGGUCCUCAAUCUCGAAGAGUACUUUGCCACGCAGCGGUUCCUCAAGACGCUCGACACGAGUCUUCUCAUGCCCGUCACAUCGUUCCAGCAAAAGGCUCUUGUCGGGUGGUGCGCCGUCUGCACCCGCAAGUUUGGCUGGUUUGUGCACAAGAAGCACUGCCGCAAGUGUGGCCAUGUCAUCUGCUCGCACUGCCUUAGCGACUGGCACUUCUCCAUCAAACAGCACGUCGUCAAGCUUCGGAUUUGUCGGACGUGCUUCACCGGCGCUUCGGUCGAUGCGCUCGAAGACGACGCGCGGCGGACGUCGCAGUCGACGCUGACACUCGACUCGAUGGAGCGCAAGCAACCAACCGCCGAGUCGGACUCGGAGCUCGACGAUCUGCCGAUGCUCGAUCGCACAACGGACGGCAUGCUGGACCACCUCGAGGCGUUUGACCAGCACAUGGAGCUGAGCAAGCUCAACCACGACAGCCGGUCCUCGUCGUUUGACUCUGUUCUCAGCGCUUCGCAAGCAUCCAACGAGGCCGCACCCGCCCACACCCGCGUCUCGCUCUUCUCCGUCACCAACUCCAACCUCGAUUUGACGUCGUCGUUUUGUUCGUACCUCUACACCCAAGUCACCAAGUACGAACAGGUGGCCGCUGCAAUUGCCCAGGACCAGAAAGCGCUCGCAGUGACCAAAGACGCAUUAGCCAAAGAGGCGACGAUGACGACCGUGCGACUCUAA